ACAAUUCUCGCGAUUGGCACUCGCGGAUCGCGAAGAUCGUCCGAAGCAGGUCUUCUUUACAUGGACAUGAUCACACGGUUUUUACAUGUCCCCUUGGAUGAGACUCUUCAUUGUUGUGACUCGCAAUCCGAUCGGUUAUAUCACACCCGAUGCAGAGCUCAAAUCGACCUGACAACCUUUCAAAGACCACCAAAAGAUUAUAAUUUGUUUGAACCAGCUGUUUUUAAUUGGUCAUAUGAAUG